AGGAGCAGUGAGGCAAGUGAGGAAUACCGCACUGUCCGCGAUACCAAAAGCGAAUGAGUGGAGGAAAGAGUAGGAACAGACAGGCUGAACUUAUGACAGCAACCUGAGGGAGGCCGCCGCAGGAAGAGGGAUUGAAGAUCCACCAGAACACCUCGAUAGCAGUCUCCGAUUGGGACACUCAUUCAAAUAGUAGAGGGGAGAGAAAGCGAGAGAUCGCUGCAGGGACGCACACGGUAAAAUCAGCGCAAGUAUUCCCUCCUGUCACUUUUUAAGGACUACGGCCUCUUCUGACAUCUUCUCUACAGCCCACUAUUGAUUGAUCGCCAUGGGUGAAAUGGAGCAACUUCGAAAGGAGGCAGAUAGUCUCAAAGACCAGAUUACCGCAGCUCGCAAGGCGGUGCAGGAUACCACACUGCAGGAGGCAGUAGCUGGGAUCACAGUGGUGGGGCGUGUCCAGAUGAAGACCAGGAAAACAUUAAGGGGUCAUCUUGCCAAGAUCUAUGCAAUGCACUGGUCCACUGAUUCAAAGCUGUGUGUCAGUGCCUCGCAGGAUGGAAAACUCAUAGUGUGGGACACCAUCACGACCAACAAGGUCAAUGCCAUCCCCCUCAAGUCAUCGUGGGUGAUGACCUGUGCCUACGCACCUUCUGGAAACCUUGUGGCGUGUGGCGGUCUGGACAACAUGUGCUCCAUCUACAACCUGAAAGGCAAGGAUGGGAAUGUCAAGGUCAUGAGAGAGCUGGCAGCGCACACAGGUUACCUGUCCUGCUGUCGUUUCCUCAGCGACACUGAGAUCAUCACCAGCUCAGGCGACUGCACUUGCGUACUAUGGGACAUUGAGACGGGGACCCAGAAGACUGUGUUUGCCGGACACCAGGGAGACUGCAUGUCCCUCGGCGUGUCCCCAGACUUCAAGUUUUUCAUCUCAGGGGCUUGUGACUUCACAGCUAAGCUGUGGGACAUCAGGGAGGGCACCUGCAGACAGACCUUUGGAGGUCACGAGAGUGACAUCAAUGCCAUUGGGUUCUUCCCCAACGGUAAUGCAGUGAUAACAGGAUCAGAUGACGCCACCUGCAAGUUGUACGACAUGCGAGCUGACCAGGAGCUCAUCACCUACCAGGACAGCAGCAUCAUGUGCGGGGUGACCUCUCUGGCCCCCUCCCUGUCUGGACGCCUGAUACUCGCUGGCUACGACGACUUCAACGUCAACAUCUGGGACUCGCUCAAAGCCGAGAGAGUCGGUGUGGUGGCUGGUCACGACAACAGAGUGAGCUGCAUCGGAGUAUCCACGGAUGGCAUGGCGUGCUGCACGGGAUCCUGGGACAGCUUCCUUAAGAUCUGGAACUGAGGCUGUUCAUUGCAAAGAGAGCACUUAGUGAAGUGAAGAAAAUAUAAAGAAAUUGAGGUCUGUGGGAGGGGAUGAGGAGUUACAUGGGGUGAGAAGAGGGUAUGUCAAAUUGUGCCAAGUCCUAUCUAACGGUGGAGCGGGGUUGUAAUGUGAAGAUUUUCUCUCCUCUCCAUCACGUUGCGCUCCAAACUUUCUUCUCACGUUAUGGGGGAAUUCUGGGUUCGGGGGUCUGAGCAAAUGUCAUUCCCAUCAGUAGUUAAUUGUACUGUGGUUCACAUGGAUGCACAUUAAUUACAGCAAUUUGAGAACAGUUGCCAAAUGGAAACGGUAGCACACAGGAUGAGAUAGAAUUGAAUACGUCCAGCCGAAGCAUAUGUUGUGUUGGGUAACUUACUAACAUGCUGUGAUUUCUAUCAUAGCAUAAGUUAAAUCAUAUAAAUAAUAUGAGCUUUAUUGUUUCAGACUGUUGUUUGUUGUUAGUUUUGGUAGAUUCUCUAGAUGCUUACAUUUACUUCCUGUUCAUUUUCUUAACUUUAGUUAAAAUGGAGUUCUAGCUUGCAGAUGUCUGCAUUAGCGUGUGUUUUUGUAUAUGAUCGAUGGACAAUAUUUACCAGGAUUUUGGGUCUCAUCACUCGGCCUAACCCCUCGGUAGCUAGACCUGAAAAGUGCUUUGGGUAAACUGCUGAACUGACAGAUGGGAUAAUAAAAUGAUUUUCAUGCUUCGCUAAGCACUUACAUAAAAAGAUGACCCAUUUGUCUCAGGACAGGACUCUUUGUAUGAGUGGUACAUGGAUGGUAAUGGCUGCUGUGCUUAUGAGUAGUACAUCUGAAUGUGUAUAUAAGUGCUUACUUUUCCUCUGCAUGCAAACCUUUAAACUUGAAGGACAGGUUGUGUAUAUAAAAAUGAAAAAAAAACAAUCUAACUCUAAUUUAAACGGGCUCUUUUCCAGAGUGGAUACACACUGUACAAAGUGAAGCAGCACUAUCUAAUAAACAUCUGCAUUACA